AUGAAUCUGCCAUAUUCGAUUAAGCGGGGUGAGACCAUUACCCUGCCCAUUGUGGUAUUCAAUUAUUUGACAGAUGAGGAAUUGUCAGCCGUCGUUACCCUGGAAAAUGAUGCCAAUGAAUAUGAAUUUAUGGAAGAGUCCGACGAUGGCCAGCAAAGGCUUACAAAAAAGCUGAUUAUUCCACCAAAUAGUGGCGGCACGACAACCUUUAAAAUUAAACCCAAAAUUGUUGGCGAUGUCAUGUUAAAAAUCAAAGCCUUAACACCCAUGGCUGGCGAUGCCAUCCAUCAAAAAUUAAAAGUCGAACCGGAGGGUGUAACCCAGUAUCAAAAUCAAGCCCAUUUUAUAAGUAUCGAUGCCAACAGCCAACUACUGGAAAAUAACAUAGAGAUCCACAUACCCAAAGAUGUGGUUGAAGAUUCCGAAUAUUUCGAAUUCACUGUAGUGGGUGAUAUUCUCGGUCCGACAAUUAAAAAUAUCGAUAAAUUGGUACGCAUGCCAUAUGGCUGUGGUGAACAGAACAUGAUCAAUUUUGUACCGAAUAUUUUGGUACUACAAUAUUUGAAUGCCAUUGGACGAGGGGAUAUGACAUCGCUGAUGGAGAAAGCUAAAAAUUUUAUGGAAUCGGGAUAUCAACGAGAAUUGACUUAUAAACAUCAGAAUGGUGCCUUCAGUACAUUUGGUGAGGGUAGCAGUGAAGCGAAUAGCUGGUUAACGGCAUAUGUGGUGAGGUCUUUUAUACAGGCCCGGAAAUACAUCACCAUUGGUGAGGACAUCAUUGAGGAAGCCUUGGAAUAUUUAGCGGACACACAAAAGGAGAAUGGACAAUUUCCCCAAACCGGAGAGCUGUUUCAUCCAUCCAAUCAAAAUGAAUUGGGUGUCUCGGCAUUUGUAUUGUUGGCUUUCCUGGAGGAUAAGAUGUAUGCCACGAAGUACAGCGAGCAAGUCGACAAGUCCUUGCAAUAUCUUGCUGCUCAUGUUGACAAUGAAGAGAAUUUAUAUUCCCUGGCCCUCAUUUUGCUGGUAUUCCAAAAAACCAAUCAUCCUUUGGCGGGUGGUGUUCGCCAGAAGCUUCAAUUGAAAUCGAAAUUUGAAAACAAUUUAAAAUGGUGGUCCAAUGCUACGACGGAGACGAAGGACACAAACAAUGAUAUUGAAGUUACCGCCUAUAUUUUACAAGCCCUGUUGGAGACGGAGCAGGAUUUGGGAAAUAUUCUACCAAUUCUAAAAUGGGUAAUUGGUCAGCGUAAUAAUUUGGGUGGCUUCGAUUCGACACAGGACACCGUGGUGGGUCUCAAGGCCUUGGUGGCAUUUGCCGAAAUUUUUUCACCAAAAUCGGCUGAUGGUGAUGUGGAUGCUGGAAAACUUCAAAUUCAAUUUAAGGCAUUGGAUGAGAAUGGCGUUGAAACAACCACGGGUCAGUUUGAUGUGGAUCAGGAUAACUCUUUCAUUUUACAAAGUCAUGUGUUACCCAAAUCAACACGCCGCGUUAGCUUCACAGCUAACGGAGCCGAGGGGUCAUCCGCCUUAAUACAAUUAUCCUAUCAUUAUAAUAUCAAUGUUCCUGAAAUUGAACCAAAUUUCCAUAUCGAGUAUACGCCCAAGGCAACACCUCUAUCUGGUCAGUUCUCAAUGAAUGUUAGUGCUGCGUAUAAACCUCAAUCGAACGAUGGAAGGAAGGAAUCAAAUAUGGUUGUAAUGGAAAUCAGCCUACCAUCGGGAUUCGUAACACAUAUGGAUAAUUUGGAUGGAAUUCGAAAUGCUCUACGCGUUCAAAGAGUAGAUACGAAAAAUGAUGAUACCAUUAUUGUGGUCUAUUUUGAGCGUCUGAUGGACGGAGAGCUUAGCUCCUUUGAUAUUUUCGCCAAUAAGUUGCAUGCCGUGGAUGAUUUGAAACCUGCGCCCAUAACAAUCUAUGAUUACUAUAAUACCGAACAAAGGGCCACGGUGUUAUAUGGCAUAUAA